CCCUGGUUACAUUAUCCUUUACACGUCUAUCUCAUUGCAAGCUGAUUUUUAACAUGCAGUUGCGAAUGUAAUUAAACCAUGUUCGUCUUAAAAUCCAUCAUUGCCAGAAUAGGAGUUAGUUUUCUGAUUUGCAUUGGUGGGAGACAGUGAACAGCGGUGGUCAACCAUUGAUUUUGCUUUUCGAAAGUAGCUACUUUUUCGCCCAUUUGCAUUGACACUAUUCAAUGGCCCUGUAUAUAGCUUUAGUCGGCCCUGUGUACAGCUGCGGUCAUAAUAUAUUGAUUACAACUGUAAAGCAAAGCAAACGAAAGAAUGAGAAAAAGCAAAAGGUCUCUCCAUUUUCAUCACAAUCGCGGGACCCUCCACCAUCACCACCACCACCUCGUAUACCGGAAAAUGAUUACUCACUCCCACCACCACCAUUACCCAAUUCUUCUUCUUCUUCUUCACACAAAACAGAAACCCUUGUAAAACUAUGCCUUCAAGAGCUCUCCUUUCAACACAAACUAAUUCGUUUCUUCAUUCUAAGAUUCUACUUCUCUCUAUUACAUUCGCAGCUUCAUUUCUAUUUCUCAUCGCUCUAAUCUUCUUUCUCUUUUAUAUUUAUUACACUCUGAUUAAUCGUUCUAAAACUAACCCAUUUGAUUCAAACACACCGUUGUUAAAGUUACAGAUAUUCUCGUACAGAGAACUCAAAUCAGCUACUAAUUCGUUUAAUGAAUCGAAUUAUAUAGGAAAAGGUGGUUCUGGUACUGUUUAUCACGGUAUAUUACGUGAUGGUAAAUCCAUUGCUGUUAAAAAACUUGAUUCAUCUUCAUUACAAGCUGAUAGAGAAUUUCAAAAUGAAUUGCAAAUUCUGGGUGGUUUAAGAUCACAGUUUGUAGUUUCUUUAUUAGGUUAUUGUGUUGACAAAACAAAGAGAUUUUUAGUUUAUGAAUUCAUGCCUAAUAAAAGCUUACAGGAAUCAUUGUUUAAUGAAGAGGUUUUUUGUUUGAAUUGGGAGAAAAGGUUUGAGAUUAUACUUGAUAUUACUAAAGCUCUUUCAUUUUUACAUCUUGAAUGCGAUCCUCCUAUCAUUCAUGGUGAUGUUAAACCUAGUAAUGUUUUACUAGGGUAUGAUUAUCGAGCUAAGAUAUCUGAUUUUGGUUUGUCCAGAAUUAAAACAGAAGGUGAAUUUGGUAUUGAUUUGUUUAGUCAAGAUUUCGGUCGAAGCGAAGAGCUUUUGAAAAGUCAAGAUCUUUCUUCAAAUCAAGAAACAAAAAUCAAAGGAAAUCAGGUAAAUAUUAGGAGCAGUAGUACUCAAGUUGAUUUUUCUCUUGCUUUACAGGCUUCUAGUUCUAAGAACUACUAUUAUAAUAAAGAUGAUAGAUUAGUUGAUUAUAAUGUUAAAACAUCACCAAACUUGAAUUUGAAUGAUGAGGAUGAUCAGAAAAAGUACAGAAAUGGAAAGGGGAAGGAGAUCUGUAGAAAUGAUGAUAGUGUUAGGGAGGAUUGGAGCAAGUUUGUUCCUGAUGAAGAAGAGCUUUGUAGUUUUGAUCAUAGCAAGGAGUUGAAUUUUGUUUCUUCGUCGUCGCCUAUUAUGCAAUGGGGACAAGAUUGGUGGUGGAGACAAGACGGGAGUGGUGAAUUGUGUAGUAAAGAUUAUGUUACAGAGUGGAUUGGUAGUCAGAUUUGCCCAUCAACUAACGCUGAUUGGGAUGAAGAGAAAGGUAACAAUCAUGAGAAAUCCCAUUUGGAUACUUCAGCACAGUUAGAUAAGUUAGAAAGUUUAAGCAAACCCGAGUUUAAACAGUCCAAAAAGAGGUCUAACAAAAAUGAAGAGAAGUGUACAAAAAAUUGUAAUAAGAAGCCGAGGAAGAUGCAAGAAUGGUGGAAAGAAGAGAACCUUGCAGAGGUUAGCAAGAAGCAUAGUAAGUUAAAGAAGAUUAAAUCUAAGGUGAAGAAAGGCCUCAAGAUUCAGUCAUUUAAUAUAGGUCGAAGGUUACUUUCUCGAAAGAGGAUUAAAUUUGGUGAACAUAUUCAAAAUGAAUCCAACUCUGACGGAGAUUUUAGUUUUAGAAAGGGUUGGAGGAAGAAAAACUCUCAUUCAGCUGCAAGUGAUAUGUGGAGUGGGGAUCUUUUCAGCCGGGAAUUGAGUAGUACAACAAGCAUGAGAGGAACUGUGUGUUAUGUUGCUCCUGAAUAUGGUGGUUGUGGGUAUUUGAUGGAGAAGGCUGAUGUAUACAGUUUAGGAGUUUUAAUUCUCGUGAUCGUGUCCGGUCGAAGACCGUUGCAUGUUUUAAAUUCACCAAUGAAACUCGAGAAAGCCAACUUGAUUCACUGGUGUAGGCAGUUAGCUAAAGGUGGUAAUAUAUUGGAGUUAGUUGAUGAGAAAUUGAAAGACACCUAUAAUAAAGAUCAAGCAAGUCUCUGCAUCAAUUUGGCUCUCAUGUGUUUAAAGAAGAUGCCAGAAUUACGGCCAGAUAUUAGUGAAAUUGUAAAAAUCUUAAAAGGUGAAAUGGAUCUACAAGGAGUCCCGUUUGAAUUAUCCCCAUCUCCACCUUCCAAAUACUUGAGCAGAUCCAGGAGAAGAGCUAAAACAGAUAUAGAAUAACUUGUAAGUCUAUUAACUUCUUUUCUAGAAAUCUAUGGUGAUGAAAUGAUAGUUGUUCAUGUGAAAAUGCUAAAAAAAUUCAUGUUGGUUAAUUUGUAUUAUAAAGAAGGAAUAGAUUGUAAUUCCAUUCAUGUAAAAUAGAGAUUUCUUUUCCCUAUCUAAUGAAAUUCAGGGUUCUGCUGUCGAA